UCGGAAGCGAGCUCUCCAGUCUUGGGUCGGCCAGGCUGCAGUCGGGCCGUGCGGGCGAGGCGGGCGGAGUGCCCGGGUGGGGGGCGCUGCUCGUGGGUGCGCCACAGGCGACGUCGUCGUCCUGCCGGCGGAGGGACGUCCAGGGGGCGGGAUGCGGCUGGCAGCCGGGGGCUCUUGCUGCUGCUGCCGCCGCCGCCGCCGCCUGCCCCGGGCGCCAUGAACGGCUACGGCUCGCCCUACCUGUACAUGGGGGGUCCGGUGGCGCAGCCGGCCCGGGCGCCCCUACAGCGGACACCCAAGUGCGCGCGGUGCCGCAACCACGGGGUGCUGUCGUGGCUGAAAGGCCACAAGCGCUACUGCCGCUUCAAGGACUGCACCUGCGAGAAGUGCAUCCUCAUCAUCGAGCGGCAGCGCGUCAUGGCCGCCCAGGUGGCGCUGCGCCGCCAGCAGGCCAACGAGAGCCUCGAGAGCCUCAUCCCGGACGCCCUCCGCUCCCUGCCCGCCGCCGCCGCCGCCGCCGCCCCCACGCAGCCCGGACACGCCGCUGCCGCCGCCCCUCCCGGCCCGCCCGACGGACCCGCCGCCCCGCACCGGCCCCCCAUGGAGCUGAGUGCCGCCGCCGCCGCGGCCCUGCGCUGGGCUUCCGAGCAGCCCGCCGCCGUCCAGCUGGCAAAAGCAGAUAUGACCGAUGAACGGUUGGGUGAUACCAGUGGAGCUGAUAGCACUGAGACUUACAGUGACAAAGAUGCAGAUCAAAGGAGUUCCCCAGAUGUGGCGAAGGCCAAGAGCAGCUUCACUCCUGCAAGCCCUGAAAUUGUUUCUGUGGAUGAAGGUGGUUAUGCAGUCCAGAAGAAUAGCGGAAGCAGCGACAGCAGACCUGAGAGCCCCAAGUAUCAGCCAGAGCAAAAUCAUCUCCUGAUUGAAGGUCCAUUGGGUACAGUUUCUCUGCCUUUUGGCUUGAAAGCCAACCGACCACCCCUUGAAGUGUUAAAAAAGAUCUUCCCCAACCAAAAACCAACUGUGCUUGAAUUAAUCUUGAAAGGCUGCGGGGGUGACCUGGUGAGUGCGGUUGAGGUCCUUCUGUCUAGCCGGUCUUCGGUAGCUGUCGGUGACAGAACUUCAGCUGAUUUGGAAGGUCUAGUUUUGCCUUCAAAUGGCCACCUUUUUGAACACACACUGAGUUCUUAUCCUAUUUCUUCCUCAAAAUGGUCUGUAGGAUCUGCCUUUAGAGUUCCAGAUACCCUGAGAUUUUCUGCUGAUACUAGUAAUGUUGUGCCAAAUCCACUGGCCGUUCCCUUACAGCAUCCAUUCCCCCAGCCACCCCGGUAUCCACUGAUGCUGAGGAAUACUUUGGCAAGAAACCAGUCCAGUCCAUUUCUUCCUAAUGAUGUGACGUUGUGGAACACUAUGACUCUGCAGCAACAAUAUCAACUGAGGUCUCAGUAUGUCAGUCCUUUCUCAACUAAUUCUACCAGUGUCUUCCGAAGUUCUCCUGUCCUUCCUACACGCCCAACAGAUGACCCCAGGAUCUCAAUCCCUGAUGACGGAUGUCCAAUUGUGUCAAAACAACCUAUUUAUACAGAAGAUGAUUAUGAUGAAAGAUCUGACUCCUCAGACUCAAGAAUACUGAACACAUCUUCCUAGAACACAUCUGACAUUUUGUGAUGUAGUGGAACUGCUGGGCAUCAAGAGGAAGGAAUUAUGCCCUUGUAAAAAGUGAUUCUGCUUGUUACUGUCCUUUAGCAAUAAAGACCUAACUUAUUUUAUUUCUUGCACUUCACUGGAAAAUGCCAAAUAGCUACUGUUUCAUGACUGUAGUGCUGAAUGUUUAUUACAAUGACAGGAAAAAAAGAUUCAUUUUAAGCAUAGUUGUGAGGAACCUAGGACUGUGGAAGAUUCAAAAUGGAACAAAAGCAUUGCCUUUUUAGACAACCAGGAAGGUUAAAAAAAUAUUGUACUUGAAUGCAGUGUUCAAAGAGAGGACUCCUCAGGAUACAUGACAUUUUAAAAAGCAAAUAACUCUGUGGCAAAUGGACUAAACGGACCUUGCUGACUUUAUGACAAUAAUCAUUCCGGUGUUAAAAACCAAGAGCUACUGAAGAGAUUGAUUAGAGUGAACUGCUCAUGUACUGUUAGAACAUGGACACUUUUUAGAGACACCUCUAAGCUAUUCUUUUCACACAGCUAGAUGAAAACAUGUAUAAUGUCAGUGUAAAGUCAAUUACAGUUAUGAGUUGCAUGAGACUGUCUUGUGAAACAUGAACACAUGAUUAAACAUUGUCAGGUUAAUGUAGCAUGCUAAGGACUCUAGGGGAAAAAUAAACUCAGAUUAUGAUCUUCA